AUGUCGAACACAGUUAACAAAGGUCCCAAUGUCGAGGAAGCUCGGGGAAACGAGAAAGCUCGGCAUGAGACAACAGCUGCUCACGCGCAGGCUGAAGCACCAAACGCCCGUGCUGCACAUCAAGUGGAACAGAACGCAGAGCACGUUCAACAAGCAGCAACCAAAGCAGCUCAGGCUGCACAGGGAAUGGGAUCUGAGCUGACAGGAGAAAGAGACACUAGUACUGCCUUUGAAGUCUUUAAACGCGAAGCGGCUCAGAAGACGAACGCCGCAGCCUCCGAAGGGCAGAGAGAUUUCCAUAUGGCCAAUAAUCCCAGCGCAAGUUAUUUAGACCAGGCAAAGACAUUCGCGGAGAGUGUUGCCACUUCUGCUCAGGACUAUCUUCACAGUAGCACAGACCCGCAAGCCACUUCGAACAAGACAGGAGGAGAUGGCACAUCAUCAUUGCAGACGUCGGCAUCAUCUGCUGUUGGAACCGCUCAGCGGUACUUUGCAUCUGCACAAGCCGCCGCUCAACCGCACAUUGACGUUGCACGGUCCACUAUGCAACCACGGGUCGAGAAAGCACGCCAGACAGCGGAAAGCUACCUCGGGAUGCACUCUGGUACCUCGCAUUCUGAUGCGGUCACCCCGCCAUCAACUGCGCACCUGACCACCGAAACGCCCUUGAGUGGUAAAGGUGUUACGGGUACGCCUAACGCAUCUACAACAACCACUGCUGCCGGUGCAGAUGAGAGAAAGCUGGAGCCUGAGUCAGAUGUCGCGUAG